AUGCAAUCAUUCUCUCGCCGACUUCUCUCGGCGGCCUUCAAGGUGGCCUCCUCAGUUCGACCGCGACUAUCCGCGCGGAUAAGUCAACGACAAUCACCAUGGGCUGGCGAUAGCAUCUGCAGAAGCCCGGCCGCCGCAAAACGCUAUGGCACCGUAGCAUCAGCAUCCUCAACCUCCGACGGGAGCAAAGGCCAUGCCAAAUCACGCGAUCCCUCCUCACCAGAAGCCACUUCAAGAUACUCUAUACCGCGGCCGUGGUCAGAAGCUCUGCGCCCUGAGACUGCCGCCGCCAAGAAGUCCUCGUCCUCGACACCGAAAUUCUACGUGCCUUCGGUUCUGCUGCCUCCCGACGCUGCCAAAUCACCAUCGGUCCACAAAAUACAUAUCCUAGGAGAUGAUGAGCGAUCGAGAUUCAUUGCCCAUGCCCUGUCCGGCGUCUACGACUCGGUAGAGAUGCUUGGGUGGAAGCGAAACUCAUCUUCGUCACCUACAUUCUCAUCAAAGUACCGCAACAUUUACAAGCCUCGUAACGGCGACCAGCGCAAAAUGAAACUGGAGCAUCUAUCAGUGACACCAAGGGUCAUAACCAGAGACAACAAUUCACAUAUUGACCAGCUGCUCGUAGCCGGACCGGGGCACACGGCAGUCGAGGCAUUGCGGUCGGUCAAGCACCGCAUCAACAAAGAUACAACUGUGUGCCUAAUGACGGAUGGCCUGGGCGUCCUCGAGGAAGUGAGGGCACGUAUUUUCCAAGGGACCGACGAGUCAUCAAGGCCGAGCUUCCUCCUUGGCCACAUGAGCCACCGAUUGGCGUUCAACAGGCGUCAUGACUCGGUCAAAGAGCUGCGGCACGGCAAGACGCAGCUGACAUGGGUCGAUUCCACAGGAGUGACUCAAGAGGUGGAAAAGACGGAAACACGUAUGAAUUUUGUCGAAGCACUGCGAGCAGUGGAAGACCUCAACUCGUCCCUUACGCCAUUUGACAAGUGGCUCCAUUUCAAACUCCCGUCAGUUAUCCUAGAUUCCGUGGUGGAGCCUGUCUGUGUUCUAUUGGAGAUGCCAUAUGCAGGGCUACUGCAGAAUCCGGCAGCCCAGCGGAUGAUGCACCGGUUGCUCACAGAGAUUGUCUCCGUCGUGGACAAUAUGCCGGAAGUCGAGGGAUCGGCCGCCAUCCGAGAUUUCAUUCGUGGCAACCGCCUCAGACAGCACAUCUAUGGCCGCAUCAUGGCGAGACGUGGCGCUUCGAGCAGCGAGCUAGCAAGGCAGAUCCGGAACGGCCUGCCGACCGAUGUUGAUUAUCUGAAUGGCUUCUUCAUCCGGCGUGGCCAUCAGCUGGGCCUGGACCUGCCCACCAAUGUGUUGAUGAGAGACAUGGUCAAGGCGAAGCACUCGCUAGCCGUUGAGAGGCUCAACUCGUAUAUCCCGGUCGAGGAGACUUCGAUACCCAGCCACUUGUCAUUUCGCUAUCGGACCUUGCCCCAAUCAAGCAGUAGCAAGGUUGUAUAA